GUCUGACAGCAACAAGCAUUAGCCUAUAUCUGAGACGGACCCUCGUCCUGCUGAGGAUUCGGAAACGUUGCGAGAUCUUGGCAUCCUCUGACACACCUUUCACGGCGUUAAUUUGGGAGAAGGAUGGAGUUUGCUGAGAGAAGACGGAGCAGAAAAUCUCAGAGCUUUAAGCUCGUAAAUGAUCAAGAAUUUAAAUCUGAGUGCUUUGACAGUGCAGUCAAUAGUGCUGCCAAUGGGGAAUCAAAAGAAUGUGUGACUGAAGCUUGGUACGAGGAUGAAGGAAUGGAGAUUAAAAGGCAGAUCACUGGUAUGAUGCGUGCGCUAAAUGACAAAACAGGCCGGGUCUAUCAGCGUGUGGGGAGAGAAGGGGGAAACCUUAAACAGGAGCCCCAAGAUGAGCUUCUGAGCUGGGCCUCACCAACUGGUCUAGACCCCGAGGAACCCCAGCACAGUGCCUGGACUUGCAGUCCCCUGCCCAACAACCACCUCACUUCUGGGCAAUAUGGCACCCGGUCCAAAACCCAGAAGAUGCUCAACCAGUCCAAAGAUUUAAGUAACACCAAUGACAUGGCACUCCCUCAGACUGCAGUGGCCAGCACAGAGAAGCCCAGCUGCUGCAUGUGUAACUGCAAGAACACUCUACAGGCCAUCCUGUUGGAACUGCGCUCCAUGAGAAAACUGAUGCAGACACAAAAAGGAACUCAGGAGAAGCAGGUUGCCCUGAGCAACUCUUGCUCCGCCCGCUGCCCUGUCACCAGGAAGAGAGCGCGCAAGAGGAGGCCCGUGCAUAGGGUGGCGCCGCUAAACAAACCCUCCAACGGGGCUGCACCGUCAUCACAACCCCUUACAAACCCUCUGCCGGACUCGUCCCAACAAAGAGAGAGGACUGUAUCUGCCCCCAUGGCUCCCACUACUUCUAGUCCCGCCCCCUCCUUUGUGACUCCUCCCACUUCCCUCUACAGUCCAAUCACAGGACCAAACUCAGCUGAGGAUGGAUUUCGAUUACAUUUUCAGGGAAGGUCUGAAAUGACCCAACCUGAGGUACAGCUGGCAGAGGACUAUGAUGUUUUCAUUCCAAAGUCCCAGCUGGACUCCAUCUUGGUCAACUACACUCGUUCCGGGAGCCUGCUCUUUAGGAAGCUGGUGUGUGCCUUCUUCGAUGACACCACUCUGGCCAACUCCUUACCCAAUGGGAAGAGAAAGAGAGGCCUGAAUGACCACAGAAAGGGACUGGACCAGAACAUAGUGGGUGCCAUUAAAGUUUUUACAGAGAAGUACUGCACAGCAAACAGAAUUGAGAAGCUUCCAGGAGCCAGGGACUGGGUCCAGAUCUUGCAGGACCAGAUCAAACUGGCUCGCCGGAGAUUAAAACGAGCAGAGACAGCUGCAGAAGGUGAUGAGACGCGCCUCAGGCAACCUUCUCAUACCACAGAACCUCUUGAGGUUUCUACUCAACUAAAACAUGACAACCAUGGACAUCAGACAGGUGGUGACUGUGUGAAGUCAGACAGUGUCCUUACCAUGGAAAUGGUUUCCUGAAUGCUCAGACUGAAAUCACAAGUUCAGUCAGUUGGCCUGUGCAAAGGAUAUCAAUGGAGACCUGCAGAAGGUCUUGCGUCUGUCUAUGGAAUUGCACCAAGAUCAUGGUCUGUGGUCCUCUCACUCUUCUCUGAUACACAUUAUGUGUGCAUGAAUACAAAAUUAAUUUAUUUUGUUGCUUUAAACUAACUUAGACAAGUUUUUGGACUUGGCCAAUGUCCAAUUGUCUAGUAAUUCGAUCUGUAGAAACCAAAGAGACCACAUAACUAUAGACCAGUGUGGCCAUUAAAUGACUAUUCCAGACACUGAUACUAGUUUUCUCCUUCAUUCCCAUACAAAAUACCUAAUCCAAUAUAAACAGACUGUAAUACAUUGGAUUAUGAAUGCCGUCUAAUCUGUCAUUCUUUAUACUACCUCUGUAUAUCUGGUUGGAGUAUAAAAUAACAUGUUAUUUUUUUAACCUCAGAAACUGUAUUGUGAGAAAAUUGUAAUCCUUGAGUAAAAAAAAAAGAACUUCUGUGGUGUGUGAUGUUACUGAGCCUGUAAGAUAUUUAAGUAUCAGUGAACAAGCAGCUAAAAUAAUAAUUUUCCUGCGGCCCAUUUUCUUGAUGUCAUCACAAUGAGAUUAGAUUUUUUUGUGAGAUGUCCUUGGUGACAAUGUAACUAUUAUUAAAGGUCCAGUGCUUGAUACUGGUGAAAGGUUGUUGAUAUUUGAGAGCAACAGCCAAUCAAAUGCACCCUUAUUUUCCCUGAGUCAAUGUUGAAGCUUGUCCCUUGUACAGUACUUGAUUGGUUGUCACUGGUCUAUGGCUCAGUCAGAUACACAUUCCUAUUUACAGAGGGCUGUGUAUGAUUACAUGAGUUUUUUUGCGGACAUACUGAACAAAUAUCCAUAGAAAUAAACAAGUUAGUAGAACACAGUGUACUGAAUUAUAAUUGAAGACUGGGGCUUUAUAGGAAUUAAUAAAUCAAUUAAUUUAACUAAUGAAAUAAUUUGCACAAAAUACACCUUUUUGUGGUUUUAAUUUGCAUUUUCCAAUAGCCUAUAUCUAUCUGAGCCCUUACAUCAUGUAAGACUUUUAACAAUUUAAAGAUUUGUACAGUAUUUGUCCUGAAAAAAAAAAUCUUUUGCACUUCAAUGAUCUGAAUGCCCUAGAGAGCCUAGGUAAAAUUUUUACGUUAAGUCUGAGACUGAGGUUAAGACAUGCUAGGUGCAGAGUUUUUAAUUCCAUCAUAGGAAGGGAGCACAAAAAUCAGUUUGUGUAAUUAAAGUUUACACAGUGCUUAUUUUGCCUCUCAUUUGGAAACAGCACAACUGCGCUUUUAUAUGCGAAGUUAUAUAGGAGUUGUGAGCACUGCACAGAGCCCACUGUCUGACUGAGUUAAUGUUGUGGUCUGUCACCAAUGUUUUGUGAAGUGUAGCAUACCUACCACUUUUGUGCUACUAUUCUCUCUGCCACGUGUCUGCCUGAUGCUUAGCGCCUUACCUGGCUUUUAUCCCUCUCUUCCCAAGCCACCUCAUGCCUUUGG